ACAGUUUAAAGUUUAAACAUUAGAGAUGGGAAUGGUGAACCACUUUCACGUUGUCCAGUUCACUGGAAUCAUAUUUCUCUAAGCAUAUCAAUUUCUUUAUCAACGCACGGAUGUCAAACUCAGCAGAGUGAUUUGCAAGCCUUUGUCCAUCUAUAAUUUCCACAAAGAAAACUGAUCAAGAAUUAAUAAGGGACUAAAUAAAGAAUCAGAUCUAUAGUCAAAAAUCAAUAAGAUUGUAUUCAUAUCAGAAAUGCAAAAUGCAGAAUUUGCAUAGGCACUGCACAGACCUACUGCUGUAUUUUAAAAAGAAAAUGUUUUGCAUGCUUUGCAUAGAAUUUCAGCUCUCCAGCUGACGUCCACGUUUUCUUUGUUUCAUUUCAUAAUGUGCUAAAUAUGCAAGCAGCCUGGUUUAGCAGCACCCUGCAGAUGUGCAGGGUUGCACUGUCCUGCUGAAAUAACCACGAUGGCAGCAGUUGAUGCUCUAAAACCUGUACUAAUGUAUACAUCGUUCAGCAUUAAUGGUGCCCUCACAGGUGCUCUUAGUUACCUCAUGCCAUGUGCAGUCAUGCGCUCCCUGUACUGAACUGCAUGCUGAAAACACACCAGGUGGUCUCUCUCCUCAGUUUUGAAUUUCACAGCCCACAGGAAAGUUUUCCACUUCACUUGAGUCUGUCUUAAAAGCAGUAAGGCCCAGAGAAGGCAGCAGUCUUGUUUUUAGAUGCAUGGCAGAGUUGAAUUUUUAUUUGUGGAUGCAUGAUGACUGUGUUCACUGGCGGUGGUUUUCAGAAGUGUUUCUGAGCCCAUGCAGUGAUUUUUUUUUCACUACAUAAUUAUGUCUAUUUUAAUCACAGACACUCGACAUCAGUUUUUGUCCUUAUGCACAAAGAAUGCAGAGAUUUUUCCCAAUUUCUCUGAAGAGUUUAAAGUAAGUUAGAUUAUUACAUAGUUAAAACAAGGAAUAAAAUACACGUGGUCUAAACCCCUUCCCAUAUUUACUUCUACAAGAUUAAUCACUGGGGUGCUCUUUGGAAAUUUUGCUAAGUAACCUAAUUAAAUGUAAGAUAUUAAAACAGGCGUCUGGAGCUUUUUGCAUUAUACAACUCCUAUUUCUUGUUGCGCUUUUCUCAGCUCUUUCUGAGAUGUGCUGCUGGAAUCAGAUUAAAAAUAAGCACAUAUUUUUCAAACGAGGAAAAAAAGAGAAAAUCUUGCUCCUUUUUUAAAAGUUUCAUUUGUGAAAUAGUCACAAGUAGUCAAUAAUGUCCAAAGUGUUUAACUUGUGCACAUUGAUAAAAAAAAGAGAGAGAGAGAGAAAUGCACAGUGUUAGAGGUCGACCUUAAAGCACUCUUUCAAUAAAUGUGGAAAUGUUUUAGGAAAUUGAUGUGCCAACAUAUUCCUUUCUUGUCUUGAACUCAUGUUCAAGACAGAGAACACUCCACCAAGUCCCCUAACAUGAAGCAACUUCCUGAAAGUCUAAUGUAAAGAUAACACAGCAGCGCCCUCUCCUGGCAGAAAAGACAAAUCAAACUUUGUUCCUGCUUAGCUGAUCUACUGCGCAUCUGUACAUUAUUGACUUAUUUAUUUCUCUAUUUUUUUUACAUAUGCAUUAACAAAUAAAAUGUGUAUGUAUAAGAAAGAAUAAGAAAGAAAAAAGCCCAAAACUAUUUUUCCAAAAUGUCCUUUCCACGUGAGAAAAAGCUAUAUGUAAAAAGCUCCCAACUUUCCAAGUCAUGUUUUCCCCCCACUGUCUUAUCAGUUUUCUGCUCUGACAAGUAGACUGUGGACUCUGCCAGUGCAACACCCCUCAUUUUUAUUUAUUGUUUUUAAGAUGAACUUUGGUCCCUGCUGAGGACUGAGGGAGAAGGGACAAAGUUCACAGGGCGCACGUAAGGAGGAGGGGGUGAAUAGGAGGAAGGUUAGAUUAAAACAAAAUUGACCUUUGAAAGCAAAAACAACAAGUGAAAAGCUAAAACCGGACAGCUCUGGACACAUCGGGAGGAUUCGGCAAAGGAAAAUGAAAGUUUACUUUCUCUUGAGCUGAAGAGGGACUGCAGAUAUAAAAUAAUGGGGCCUGGCACUGGCUGUGUGGCUGUCGUUUGAGCGUGAUAGUGCACAUGAGAGCAGUGUUUGUUUGCGAGGCAGUAGUGAGGUAAGACAUAAGACUAAUGGAGGGAGAGGAGAGGGUUGAGGCAGCCAAAGCGGGGCCUAGCCGUUUGACGGCCCUGCAGGAGCAGCUGAUCUGGGCCCUGCUGGAAUCUGGACUGUCCCGGGAGGUUCUGAUCCAAGCCAUGGGGGAACUGGAACGAAACAAGGCAAGUGCUGGCAACGAGAGGGGAGAAAGAGGGGAUGGAGAGAGCUCAGAGGAGGGAGAAAUGGAUUUCCCACCACCUAUAUUCCGAGAACUGGAGAAGCUCCCGCCAGAGGAGGCGUCCAAACUGAGGACUGAAGUCGAUCACCUACUGCAUGAGGAUCCCUGGCAUGUUGCAAAAAUGGUAAAAAGCUACAUGCAGCAGCAUAACCUACCUCAGCGGGAGGUGGUGGAGUCCACGGGACUCAACCAGUCUCACCUCUCCCAGCACCUCAACAAAGGCACGCCCAUGAAGAACCAAAAAAGAGCUGCUUUGUACACCUGGUAUGUCAAGAAGCAGUGCGAGAUCAGCCAGCAAUUUACCAAUGCCAAACAUGGGCUUGCAACUGUGAAGGACCAAGGGGAGGACACCAAGAAAGGACGGAGGAACAGGUUCAAGUGGGGUCCAGCAUCCCUGCAGAUCCUCUUCCACGCCUACGAACGACAGAAGAACCCGAGCAAGGAGGAAAGAGAGGGGCUGGUGGAGGAGUGCAAUAGGGCAGAAUGCCUCCAGAGGGGCGUGUCUCCCUCCCAGCUUGCUGGCCUCGGCUCUAACCUGGUCACUGAAGUCCGAGUGUACAACUGGUUCGCUAACCGUCGUAAAGAGGAGGCUUUCCGCCACAAACUGGCCCUCGACACGCCUUUCACCAGUCAGACUGCCUCAUCCUCCAACGCCAACCUUCCACCCAGUCCCGAGCACGGUGUGAAAUACAGCCAGCAAAUCCCAUGCGACACUGUGAGCUCAGCCAGAGGCAGCGGAGGGGAGAGAGUGGGGCGUCUCAUGGUGAGUCCAGUCCAACUGGAGCCAAGCCACACACUCCUCGAGACCCAUAACCCCAAACUGGUGUCCAGCGGUGGGCCACUACCCCCAGUAAGCACUCUAACCUCCCUGCACAGUCUGUCUGCCUCACCUGCAUCCUCACAGAGCCUCAUCAUGGCCUCAGUGCCCAGCGUCAUGAGUCUGGGGGAGUCCUCCCUUCUCAUUGGUUUAGCCUCCACGCAACCUCAGACUGUGCCUGUCAUAAACAACAUGGGAGGCGGUUUCACAACCUUGCAGCCCAUCUCAUUCCAGCAGCAGCUUCACGCCUCUCCCCAGCCGCCAAUACCACAGCAGCUUCAGAGUCACAUGGCUGCCAGUCCGUUCAUGGCAACCAUGGCACAGCUGCCAUGUCACAUGUACAGCAAAUCGGAUUCGCCCCAGUACCACCCGUCCAGUUUGCUCUCUCAAGCCAUGGUCAUCGCAGACAGCAGCAGCCUGGCCAGCCUCACUGCUGUCAGACAGAUUCUGACCACAGACCCUGAUGAGCAGGAAGACGCACCUUUACAGGAAGACUCUUUAAACAUGCAACCACACUCACCUGCACCAGUUUCGUCCGAGAGCCUCGAGCUGUAUCCUUCCUCUCAGGCGACAGAAAGCCAUCAAUCUCACCUCCUCUCACCGUCUCCGACAGAAAUCAGCUCCUACAUCCCUGCACAAAUGGUUUCCACAGCACAGUAAAAGAGUCUCCUGACUGUCAGCUGGAUUCAGGAGUGUAUCGGGUUGUAUGCCAUGUAAGCUUGGAGCCGGUACUACAAAGCAAGUUCAAAAUAUCCAAAAUACUGGCUUCAUCCACCCCAAGAUCAGCAUUCAGAAUAAGCAGUCACCCGAAAGCUGUUAUGAACUUGAUACGUCAAGCCAGGGUCUUUCCAAUCUAGAUCUGACCAAUCAGAAACGUGGACAAGCAGUGGAACUAAUUUUACAAAAGAAGAUAAAACUACAGUAACAGAAAUACGA